CUCUCUCUUCUCCGAUUAAAUUUUCCCGUCUCUCCCAUCGACUCUGAAAAUUUGGGUUUUCGGAGGAAACGACAGAAGCCAUGAAAACGGUUCUUUCAACCUCAGCUUCUUCGAAUUCAACCAUCACCGCCGCCGCCGCCAUGGAAGAGGAUGAGCGAUCGGAAGCCCGUGACAGCUGCUACUACCCCGGUUGCCGGAAAGAUGCGAAUUGCAGUUGCAAAAUUUGCUUAGACAGUAUCAGCGCCACUUUGGAUCUAAUGCCUUACAGUGUUCAAAAAAGUUCCCUCACGAAGCUCUCUGCCUCGCGGCCUAAUGUCGAAACUACUCCGAUUUCGUUCGACGCUUCGAUUUUGACGACGCCGACUUCGGACACACCUCGGAUCUUGUCGUUCCCUGAUUUCAAAUCUCCGGUGAAGUUGAGUUCGAGAUUCAAGGCUGAGACAAGGGAGGGCAAUUUGGAUUCGUUGCGUCGGUUUCUGAAGUUGAUUUUUGUUCUGAGUUUGAUCUUCGCGGCGGCUGCUGGGUUUUCUUGGGCGAUCGCUGGGGUUAUUCGGCCGUCGUUGUCGGCCGAAAUUGUUAGAACUGCGGGUAGGAAUUCUCAGUUUGUGCAAGAUUUGAAUGGAAAAUUGAGGGUUUUGCAGAGGGAAUUGCAGGGCAUGGUGAAGGGGGAGAUUUCAAAUUGCAGUUACACGAAUUCCAUGUGGAAAAUUGAUCAGGAGGGAAUGCUGUUAUGUUCAAGGUGCACAAUCUACAAAUCAGCUACAGAGACAGUGAGCAUAUGGGGAUGGCCUCUGCAGACUGCUGGACUGCUCAGUAGCGGAUUUUCGCAACGGUCGUUCACAAUCUUAUCAGGCAGAGUUACAGAGUGGUCUGAUGGAGGGAUCGGUUACCUGGUUCGAGAGGCGAACACUUCUUGGGUGCAGAAAAAAUGGGGCGCCUCAGCUGUGCAAUUUGAUCCUCAUACAUGGGUCCUCGAGUAUCGACAGAGCUCGUUGUUAGAGAAUUCGAGCUUGAAUGUGAUGGCUGCUGAUUUCUUCAAGCAUUGGAUGUUGAAAGUCAUAAGAAGAUUGAAGGAUGAGCUUUGGCUGGUUUUGGAUGUUGAGACUAUGUUUCAUCAGAUUACAACUACUACUGAUUUUAAGAUUCCAACAUGAGGAGAAUGGCGUUCUAAAGUGAGAAACUUUUUAAAUUUUAUUUUACUUUCUUUCUUCCUCUACUUUUUUGAUGGAGCAAAAUUGAUUUAUUUUGUCUCCUAUGUCAUAGAGUUGAUGCUAUCUGUAAAUGUAACUCAAUAUAAUCAAGUUUCCAUCUAUUUGAUGGUUUCUUUUUCUGACGA